CUGCCUGCAGCAAGCUAGCUGAAGUAAAGUGUCAUGUAUUGUCAGAGAGCAAUCUAUUACUAGUUACUUGGGUUAUUGUAAUUUAUUGUUAAGUUGGUAAUACACUGAUUGAUAGACAACUGUGAACAGUUGGUUAUAGAUACAAUACCCAUUCAUGUAAUGUUAGCAAAAAACAGCUACGACGUUACGCCGUCACCAUCACGCAAGCAGUACUAGUAGGACGAGCCUUCGGCUUUGUUUUGUCUAGCUAUUACUUAGAAUCUAGCCUUCGCUCUGACCAUUCAGGUUGCAUUCAAGCUAGCUAGCGACGCUAGCCAACUUAAUCCUUACGUCCAUGUAGUACACUGUCUUUAAGGUUUCUAGUUAAAUAGCAAGCUAACGAAUAUUUGGUUGGUCUAUUUUUCUAAAUUGUUGCCGUGUAUUUACUUAAGUGCAAUCCUGUUAUUUAGCUGAAAAGUUAAAAUAAUAGAAUGAAUAAUGCGUAAUUUAGAAAUCUCUGUACUAUCGCGGAGCGCGACAAACAAACAAGGACAUUCGCAGCCAGUUGCAUUAACAUUAGUGCCAUGGAUCCUGGGCAUCGUAGGAGUAACCCUCGACUCACAGAUGUAGAUGGAAGCUAUCGCCAAGUAAUGGAGAGACCAGCAGAUCUGGAGCAGAGAUCCAAGGAUAGAGAGGCUUGGAGGCUCGUGGAUGUACUUCUCUCUGGAGGCGCUCCAUGGGGCUUCACUCUGAGAGGAGGGAGAGAGCAUCGUGAGCCUUUACUCAUAACAAAGGUGGAGGAGGGCAGCAAGGCGGCGGCCGUCAGCCUCCAGGUGGGAGACGAGCUCGUCAACAUCAACGACUACCCCCUGAGCGGCUACAGGCAGGAGGCCAUCUGCCUGGUGAAGGGCUCCUACAAGACUCUCACCCUGGUGGUGAAAAGGAGAAAUGAACCCGUAAGCAGGCCUCACUCCUGGCACGCCACCAAGUUCAACGAGAGCCAAUCGGAGACUGCCAAAACCCAGUCUCCACCUCCGCCAGUCUGGCACACAAGAUAUGAUGCAAGUUCCUCCUCCACCGAUCUCUCCACCGGCUGGGAGCAGACCAACCUGCGCAGAGUGUCCGACCAGUUCAGCUCCCUGGGCAGCAUGGACAGCCUAGAGCACGUCCCUCACCCCUACCCCUCCGGCCGCCUCUCCCCAGCCAAGUCCAACACCAGCGCGGAGCACCUGGGGGGCGGCGGCGGCGGGGGCGGCAAGCGCGACUCGGCCUACAGCUCCUUCUCCACCAGCUCCGGCACGCCUGACUACACGCUGUCCAAGAGCAACGCCGCCUCCACCGAGAACGUGCUCUACAAGGUCAGCCAGUGGGACGCGGGCGGCCGGCCCACCAACGGCAGGCACAGCCAGAUCCUGAGCGAGGGGGCGAAGGCGGACGAGCGGGCCGGGUACCUGCAGCUCCCCGGGGGGCCCGCGGGCCGGGAGAGCCCCCGGCCGGAGGAGCAGCCGCCCGGUCCUCGCCCCUCCAACUCGGGCCGGGCCAACUUCGGCCCCGUGUGGCACGUACCAGAGAAGAAGAAGCCCGUCCACUCGCCCUCCCCUCCUCCGCCCCUGCCACCGGUGCGCAGCGACAGUUUUGCCGCCACCAAGGUCCACGAGAAGGGCCUCGUCAUAGCCUACCCCGAGGACCCUGACCCCCACCUCCACCCCAAAGCCCCGGGCACGGAGGCGUCCGACACGCGGCGCGGUUACAGCCUCUCCGCGAAAAUCGACGCCGGCGGCCCUCCCGUUUCACCCGAUAGCUACCACCACAACCAGCUCAACUCCAACAAGCCGUACUCCCUCUCCAGUACCGACGUGAGGCUGGGCCCGCCCCCAUACGCCUACACACCUUACCACCAGCGCCAGUACAGCGACGAAAGCACUUUCUACUCCCAGCCCAGGACCCCGUCGGCAGCCAAACCGCACAACAUCAGUGCCUACUACAGCAGCAUGCAGGAGCUGCCCACCAACAACUUCACCCAGACGUACGUCCACACCCAGACCCAGACUCGGGCCUCCGCCACCUCCCUGUCCAGCACGGCCAUCGACCAGAACCCAGACGGUGCCGGCCACACCCGCUACUACUGCGUGACGGCCCGCCAGCCGGCAUCACAGGCCCCGGUGGGAAAGACUGAGGAUGGAGGAAGAGGAGCGUGUGUGGAAACGGUGAGCAGCGGCGGCGAGAGGGCACCACUCAGCCCCCAGACGCUCCAGAAGACCAAGUACCAGCUGCCUCAGCCACAGCCGGCGCACCCCACCACGAAGGACAGCAACGGGUACGGUCAACAGGACGAGGCGGCGCCGCGUCACAAGCUGCCGUCUGUGCCGGCGCCCCCUGCUGGACCGGAGGGGCCAGGCGGGGACGACAGGGGCAGCCAGAGGAGGCUGGACGUUCAGAACGCCGACACUCACUACAUGAGCUACCCUCCCAGCAGGCAACCAGACCAAAGGAGGUCCCUGCCCACGCAGCACAGAGAGCCGGACGUCAGGCCGGGGGGGGGUCACCAGGGGGUCGGGAUCUCCCCGCAGACCACGCCCUUGCUCCACUCUCUGUCGGCGGAGAGCGCGGGCCGGGGCGACACCGCCCCCGACCCGCUGACCGUCCAGCAGACGCGCCGGAGCGAACGCUUCGCCACGACCCUCCGCAGCGAGAUCCAGAUGAGGCGGGCCAAGCUACAGAAGAGCAAGAGCGCGGCCGCCCUCAGCGGGACGAGCGAGGCGGCGGAGGAGGAGACGGCGGAGGCGGAGUCUCAGGAGAACUCGGUGGCCUCGCCGUCCUCGGAGGGCUCCUUCAGCAGCACCUACAAGGACCACCUGAAAGAGGCGCAGGCCAGGGUCCUAAAGGCCACCUCGUUCAGGAGGAGAGACCUGGAGCCCGUCCUGCUGGAGCACUCCGGCUCGGACGGUCCGCCCGGGUACCCCUCCUCCGUCCUGGGCCGCAAGGACUCCAACCCUUUGCCCAGCGUCUCCGAGGCUCCGCCCAGCCGGUCCGGCGGCGGUCAGGUGACCCGCAUCGGAGGCAGGAAGCGCUUCACGACGGAGCGGAAAGUGCGGUCGUACUCCGAACCCGACAAAAUCCAUGAGGUGGGCGUGGACGAGGCGGCGGCGGUGGCGCCCUGCGAGAGAGCCGCCUCCAUGACGGACCGCAGGAAGCUGUUCGAGACCACCGGGAAACCCGCCUUCCCCAAACCCCUCCUCAAGCCGGGCCCUCAGAGCAGCUCAGAGGCCCCCAGAGAGCCCCAAGCGAGGGCUCCGGCGCCCAGCAAGUACCCUGAGGAGGCCCGAGGCCUGGAGGUCUCCAGCUCCCACAGGCAGGCCCUCCUGGAGCAGCAGAGGCUGGGCACAUUCGCAGAGUACGAGGCCACCUGGAGCCUCCCCAAGAAGCCGGCGGAGACCAGGGCGUCCGGGCGGUACCGGUCCGCCGACAACAUCCUGGACCCGGCUGCGGAGGAGAGGACCAAACCCACCUGUGUCCACGAGCGCUCGCGCUCCUCCCCUUCGGCCGACUUCUACGGCCAGAACAUUCCGGUACCGGGAAGAAAGUCUGCAGAACACUGCCAGCCUGAGCUCCAGCCUGCGGCCCAGAACCACAAAGUCUCGAGGUCCUCCAGCAGGAACCAUGGAGACGGCAGGGCGCCCGAGAGACCCGCGGACCCUGACCGUUUCCCAGAGCCACCCGUGACAGCCCCGAGCCCCGAGCACAGGCUCUCAGCCGCUCCUGGUCCAGGCUGCCACAGGCCCGCUGACUCGGCCCUCCCAGGCUCCGAGCCCUCCGGCGAGCCCCCUGCCGGCCCCCGCAGGCGGGCCCCUGCCCCGCUGAGGCCCCCCCCCCCCAGGCUGGACAGGCCCAGAUGUCCAGAGAGCGCUCCCCUGCUCGGCAAGUCCCAGGAGGCCCUAACUGCAUGCUCCCCGAGCAGAGAGCUUAACCCCGCUCCCGUCGCCGCCGCCCCCUCUCCCCGCAGCCUAUCGGAGCAGAGCCGAGGACUCCCGGAAAACAAACGGGGAGGCGACAACUCUGUCGCGCCAUCCAAUCCCCAGCCUGCUCCUCCCCCUCCUCCCUCCCUCUCCGGACCCUCGGGCCAGGCCAAGCCCUCCAUGGACGGCCAGCGGUCCCCGUCGCCCCAGUUCGCGCCGCAGAGACUCACUGACAAGCCGCCCGUCUCUCUGCAGGAUGAGAACUCCACCAGGACGGAGAACGUGAUGGAGAACAGCAGCAGUCCCUCCGCCAGGAAGGUGCCCAUCAAGAUCGUCCACAGCGAGAGCCUGACGGAGAAGGAGAGCCGCCACUACCUCCUCCACAGCGACGCCCAGGCCGGGCCCCAGGCCCCGGGCGCCCCGAGUCAGGUGGGCAGCCUGGGAGCCCCGGACCAGUCCUACUCCCUGUUCUGUGCCUACUCUCGACAGAGGGACCCGGGGCCCCAGGCCGAGGGAGAGCCAGACCCACCGCCGGCCCUUCACGCUGACCUGAGGCUGCACAUAGACUCAGACACGAGUCCUGAAAUCGAGCAGCAAGCUGCGGCUGGCUUCCCGAUGGCCCCGCCCACAGACGUGGCUCCUCCCGCUUCCCAUCUGCCAGCCCCGCCCACCACCGAGGCCCUGCCCCCAGAGACCCCCGGCAGUAACGGGGUGGCCCCCGCCUCCCUCUCUCAGGACGACCAGAAGAGAGAGGAGCUGGCCAGGGACAUCAUGGGCAAGGAUCGGUCCCUGGCAGAGGUCCUGGACCAGAGCAGGAUGAAGACCACCAUGGACCUGAUGGAGGGCAUCUUCCCCCAGGAGCAGCAGCUGCUGGAGGGGGCCCACCAGCGCAGGAAGGUGGGGCCCAAGCAGGCCUCCCCCAGGGCUGCCGAGGACAGGAACGGGGAGGACGAGGCGGCGACGGCGGUCGCCCUGGUGACCAGCUCCACCUACUACAGCACGUCGGCGCCCAAGGCGGAGCUGCUGAUCAAGAUGAAGGACAUGCAGCAGCAGGAGGAGGAGCCGGGCUCCGAGGACGAGCUCCCCGACGACGACCAGGAGCUGGCCGACAAGAAGCAGGAGCUGAUUGACAGCCUGAGCAGGAAGCUGCAGGUGCUGCGCGAGGCGCGGGAGAGCGUGCAGGAGGACGUGCUGGACAACAACGCGCUGGGCCGCGAGGUGGAGGCCACCGUGCAGCAGGCCUGCAGGCCCAACGAGCUGGACAAGUUCCGCAUGUUUGUGGGCGACCUGGACAAGGUGGUCAGCCUGCUGCUGUCCCUGUCGGGCAGGCUGGCCCGGGUGGAGAACGCCCUCAACAGCCUGGAGGGGGACGCCCCCGCAGAGGAGAGGCGCACGCUGACUGACAAGAGGAAGCUGCUGAUCCGCCAGCACGAGGACGCCAAGGAGCUGAAGGACAACCUGGACCGGCGGGAGGGCGUGGUCUACGACAUCCUGGCCGGCUGCCUGCCGGAGGAGAGCCUGGCCGACUACCAGCACUUUGUCAAGAUGAAGUCGGCCCUCAUCAUCGAGCAGCGCAAGCUGGAGGACAAGAUCAAGCUGGGCGAGGAGCAGCUCAAGUGUCUGACGGACAGCCUGCCCCUGGAGCAGAGGCUGGCCCUGUGAGGGGCCACACACACGCACAGCCUCCUCUACAUGGCUGCGUGGGCCGUGCCGCACCAGUCCCUGGACUGACGCCGCAGUUGGCCUGUCUGUCCAGUAGGGGGAGGCAGAGAUGACACUCAGAGAGACUGAGAGACUGAAGGCGAUCAUCCUUUUCCUCCUCCAACAGCCCACCACAGCGACUAACUCUGCCCCGGUUGAGGAGAAGUCUCCUCACUGCUCGUCUUGUCUCUGAUGUUCUUCACAUCUACCUUCAACGGGAGUUUCAAGUCAUAAAACCACUGGGAUGAUCAAAACCCCUUCCAAAAUCACUCUGCUUCGAGACUGGUGUUUUCCUUUGUUUGUGUUUUGUUUUUUUCUUUACCACAGUACCCAUCAGUGUCUAUAAUGUCUUCAAGAAUAAUCUUGUUGUUGUUUUGUUUUUUUUAGUAAUUUAUUGUAGCCUUUUGAAUCUGUACAGAGGAAUAGAAUAGGACAAGUGUUUAUCGUCAACUGAUUUAUUUUUUAGCUGCCAAGUUUAACUGUUGGUAAUCAACACACUUAUCUCCACGUGAUGUGUCAUUGCAUUAACCUGCCGUUGUUUGUACUUGUCAUUUUCAUGUCACAUCAUCCAAAUGACUGGCCUGACAUUUCAGUGAGGAAAUCGGUUUUUUUCAAAUGCCAUUUCAAAUUUGUCAAAUUUCCUCAGACGUUUGUCUCACAGGGAUUACCCGCGUUCUACCUAGACUGCUCCUUUCUAAACAUGAGACCAAGGGGACGAGGCUGGGUGGUGGUUGGGAGGGGAGGGGGGGGGUAUUCCACCAGUGACCCCACCCCCUCUGUGGAUGCAUCAAGAGGGUUUGGAGAUGGAUAUCGCCAGCAUGGCAGCGUCUCAUCUCCCUCAGAUCACAGGCUGCACAAGCAGCUUCAACCCCCAGCCUGGGCAGAGCUGUCUGGCUGAAGCUGUGGAGCAAGAGCAGGCUUCAGUCAGACCCUCUACCCUGGGCUGCUACAGGCAGUUAGACCCUCUACCCUGGGCUGCUACAGGCAGUCAGACCCUCUACCCUGGGCUGCUACAGGCAGUCAGACCCUCUACCCUGGGCCGCUACAGGCAGUCAGACCCUCUACCCUGGGCUGCUACAGGCAGUUAGACCCUCUACCCUGGGCCGGUACAGGCAGUCAGACCCUCUACCCUGGGCUGCUACAGGUAGUCAGACCCUCUACCCUGGGCCAGUACAGGCAGCACCUCGCUAAUCCUCACCCGUAUCGUGAUCAAAUUUGUUUUGAAACCAUGUUGACCAUACUUUGUGUCUAGUUAGUCACCUUGGCGGCAUUCUGUAUGGCUGUUCAUUCAUUUAGAUGAUGUCCUCUCUCUGCAGUUUGACAUUUGUGUACUACAUUGUCGGCCACAGUGCUUCUUGUGUGCUGAUGGAAGUGAAGGUUCUUGAACCCUGGAGAUAUGGAGGUACUUAAACGCCCUAUCUUCCAGAUUGCAGGAGAGCCUCUGUAUAUCUCUCCAGAUAACAGUUUACCUUUCAUCUAAUGUCAGGCCACUGUCUUAUUCAUGUUAAGUUACUGUAAGACUGAUGUAGAAAAACCUUAAUCGAAGCAAAGACGGUUUUUCAAACUAAAACAUUUGAAGACUAUGUACUUUCACGUUGUAACCAUGGCCACUGUCGCUGACCCUGGAUUUCAGGUGAAGCUGUUUUGAAGGACUUAUUAUGGGAUUUAAUUUGUCACACACUAUACAACACAACUCUACAACACUUGUUUAUCAGCUGUGCUGCUUUAUAUCAAAUAAAAGGGUCUGCUAAA